GCAGCUAGGUAGGUAUAAACCACACAAGGAGCCAUUAGAAUAUGAGUGCAGCUGAAUACAGCUCACCAGCAAAGAACCAACAGCGCAAAGCUUUGCCUCCGCCUGAUAGUGUGAUUCACCGGUGCACCCAGCAGAACACCACAGCACACGCACCAGCAAAGCGUGUACCCAGACGACAACGUAACCUCAUCGCCGCGGCGAUUGCCAUGUCUCGCAGAAAUUUCCUUCACCUGGCCAGAAGAGCGUGUUUCUUUAUCUUUAUCUUUUUCUUCCUCCUCUUCCUCUUCCUCUGCCCCUCACCUCUCUUCUCUUGCUCUUUCACCCUCACAAACAAUGGCAGAGAACGAAAAGCCUCCCCCUCAUCCCUUGUCAAAUACAUCCGUGAGAAACAUGGCGCAGCCAUCCAACACCACUCCAGUCCCAGAUCCCAUGCCUGUCAAUCUUCCAGGCCACUAUGUGGUCGAGCAUCGCAGGACUUUCUUCUGCGUGGAGCUGAACCAUGACGAGGCGGACCUCAUCCCCCGGCGCUACCUCGAAGCUGCGGAGAAAUCCAGUAAGUCCCUCUUUCUGUUACCUGACCGAUGAUUGCUGAAUGAUGAUUCAGAUGAUUAUAGAAUCUCUCCAUGGAUCAUGCAUGCCUUCCGAACUGAGAAGGGGGUCAUCGAAUUCGCGAAAUGGAGCCCAUCGGACUCGCGAUUCCGCACGACCUUCGAGAGCUUAGUUGAAAAUCCUUGUCUCAAAGAGGGUCUGUUUGCCGGUGGGUACGAGGCCACAGGGCUGCCUACUGACAAUCGGCCCCUGGACGAGACCGAGGCUCGGCGCUUCGCCCGGAUUGUGAGGCUGGAGCAGC